UGACUGUUGUAGCGUGUGGACUAGUGUCGGAGUGUCUCAGACUUGGUUAUUAAUACAAGUCCUUUAGAGUGAAAGCAAAGAUCUUAAUGGAAAUGAAGGAUCAAGGAUUUUAUUGCUAAAAAGAGAUGAAAGAUAAACAUGAGGAUUAGUGCAGACUUGAACUCCUAUUUGCGAGCGACGUAUGUGUUAAGCAAGUUAACUCAUUAAGUAGCCAGAAAAUAGCCGUGACUCAUGUGUAGUAUCAUAAAAUUGUGUGGGUCUUGUGGAGUUGCCUGAGUAUCCACUGCCCACCCUGACGCCCACACCCGACACCCAACCCCGCCCACGCCCCAAGACCUCCGCCAUGCCCAUCCCCAUGUUGAAGGCGCUCAACCGCGCCCCUGGUGACCGCAGGAGCAUGGGUGUGGGCGUGCAGUCACCCAAAGUUGUGCCAGAACCUCCGCCCUCAUCCAUGGUCAGGAAGAGCUGGCAUGCAGGUUCCCAGUUGAAGACCGUCGCCUCGGCGAGCAGCAGCCGCUCCACCUCUCCGGCCAACGGCAGUGCUUCCUUCAUCCCGCAGCCCAGGAGCCACAGCGGCCGUGCAUCGCUCAACGAGAAGCACUCCAAAACUGGCGGCACUUCGAACCUGGUCAAGUCGAACCUCCGGGGCCCCGCCACCCAGACCGCCCACAACGCGUCGGGGAAUCACGCCCUCGCUUCGCCUUACCACGCCACCUCCGCGCCCCCAGCCAAGCAGAAGGACUCCAUGCUGGACAAGUUCAAGCUGUUCAACCACAAGGAGAAGGAAGCGAGGAACAAGACAACGAGCAGCAGCGGGGUGAGCAAACGAACGAGCAGCAGCAGCGGAUUCAGCAGCGCCAGGUCCGAGCGCUCUGACUCGUCGACCAGCUUGUGUUCCGACGCCAAGCCCCCUCCGCUGCCGCCGCACCAAAGCUUGCCUGUGAGCACCAGUAGCAGCAGCAGUGAUCAGACGAGCCACGCGGAGGCGCAGCAGGGGGGAGCGCCCCCCGCCUCCACCAAGCCGCAGGGCCUUCGGGGCAUCAGGUCCAAGUUUUCCAAGUCUGCGGGCAAGGAGGGCAAGGAGUCGCCCAAGGCGUCGCGCAAGGACAAGGAGCGCGAGGAGCGGGAGGGGUCCCGAGGGUCGCCGCGGGGAGGUCACAAGACCCACCGAGACCCUCGCGGAGAGAGUCGCGACAGGAGCGCCAAAAAGGGCGACAAGCUCACGCUCGAGUUGGAUGGCGGCUCGCGCCCCCAGCGCCCCCAGUGCCCCCUGCCAGCCAAUGCCGAGAAGGACUCCCGGCCCCCUGCGCCGGGUCCGCGGCCGGAGACCGCAGGGCACGCAGCCUCAGAGUCAGACCAGCCACCCGCUCUACCGCCCAAAGAAAAGGACCACAAGGAGCACAGCCACAGCAGCCACCAGGAUCAGGCCCCAGCAAUGCAGCAGCAGACUGUCGUGACGACCCCCGGCAGCCCCCUCCCCCCAGGCACUCCAGGCACGGGCAUCCCGAAGCCCACGGCCCACGUGAAGGGCCAGACCAAGGUGGUGCCCCCCGAGCGGUCUGCGCCCCCGACCCCCACCGCCUCGCCCAACGUCAACACGUCCCAUCAGGCCAAAGACUACAACAAGAUGGUCCGGCCCGCAGGCACGCCCUCCACGCCUAAAAUCGGAGGCAGCAGCGCUCCGCGGACGGCAGGGACACCCUCGGGUGGGGAGGCCAACGCAGCUCAAGAGUGCCGCGACCCGAAGGGCUCUCUGCCGCGCCAAAAGCAGCUGGGCAGACGGGAGGACUCCGCGACGGGCAUCAGCGUGGCGAUGGUGAGUCCCAUGCCCAACCCACGCGAGAAGGACAUGGUCACGCCCUCCGAAUCGGGCUCCAACAUCAGCGAGUCCUCCCAGAGCAACAGCGGCCACAGCAACAGCACUUCCUCCGGCAACUCCUCCGUUAUCUACAAGCCCACGAGUUCCGAGGACGACAGCGUCUCCGACCUGAAGACUCACAUGAGAAAGGUGGAGGAGAAGGCCGAGGGAGAAGAGGGCGACGAAGUCAUUCUGAAUAUCAAGCCCAUGCAGCCGCUGGUGAGGGCUUCGCAGUAUGGCUACAUGAGAGGACUAGGCCUCCACCAAACCCGCACAGUGCCACCUUCUUUGCACGUUUCCAGGCUAGCAGCCCUCCAAGACAACGCCAACACAGUACCGCAGAAGGGGAUGCGUAUUGGGCCUCACCUCAAGCGUCCUCCGGGUCCCAACCAGGUCAUUGACACGGAUUACAGCGACCUGGAGAGUGUGGACCUCGCUAAUGCUUCGAUGACAGUAGCAGCUUGAGUUCGGGGGUGAGCGACACCCUCAACGAGAUGUCGGCGGAGGAUGUCCUCUCCUCGUCCCUGUCCUCGGACCACCCGGCUUACGUCAAGGGUCGUAGCAUGAAGGAGGUUGGCCUGAAACUCCCGGUGGGUCUGAGUGGGUCAUCGUCCAGGAAGGUAGCCAUGGGUGUAGAUCCCUCUGGCGUGUAUAAAGUAGUAUCCAGCCGAGCUCAUGUCAAGAAGACAGAGAGCGCCCAACAGACUGAUAAUAGUGCCUUUAAACAAAUAUCAAACACACAGUGGAAAAAAUAUGUAGAAAAUGGGAAAGGAAGCCUUGAACGUUCAGCCAGAGAUUUACAGAGAGGCAUUGAUCCAUCAAGUGGAAGCUCACGUAAAGUAGACCACAAGAAGUCCAACUUGGGUUCUCCACAAACUGGAGUUCCCAGCAGUCCAGGACUAAAUGGUAGUUCUGGGGUAUCUGGUAGUGCCUCAGGUGGAUCUAGGAAGGUGGAUAAGAAAGGAACCAGUGGAGAAAAGAGAAGAGAAGGAGAGAGAAGUAGCAGAGACAAGUCUGCUGUUGCCAUGUCUCCUCAGGUGAAUGGGGAGUCAAAGAAAAUUCAGAAUCCCAAGACUGCUCCCAGUAACUUUGGAUACAAUGGAAAGAGAACCACUAGUACUGGCAGUGUAUCAAGCACUGGCAGUGGAAAGGGUAGUAAGUCUGUUAAAGAGGUAGACAGUGCUGGUGGCAGCAGCUCUCGUCAUGAUAGCUCUAGUCACAGCUUGGAAAGACCAAGAACCAAACUUAAGGUGUCUGGAGGCACACAAACCACCAGCGACCUUCAUUAUAUGUCUACAGGAGUCCAUAGUGAUAGCGAGUAUUCAUCAGGUUCUCUUGGCAGAAAGUACCAACUCAAGUCCUAUUCUUUAAAUGGUCCAGUUGCUGCUCAGCUGUCACAGAGCGUGCGGGAAAGAAUCAUGCAGUCUCCUUAUGGCAAAAUUCAUGUAGGAGAAUAUGGACAGUAUCCUCCUGCAUAUUAUCGGGAACGAAGUCCUCGCAUCAAACCCACAGAUGGCUCAUUAAGCGAUUCUCCAUAUUCCAAUUAUGCAGAGAUACAGUAUAGUGGAAGUCCAUAUAGUAGCCCCUAUUCCUGGGUAUCCAGAAGUAAUUAUGCAGGAUCAGUGGCUUCUGCACCAACAAGACCCCUGGGUGGCAGUCUGACAGAGGCAGAGAGCAUGGAGAGUAUAAGCUCAAGCGCCUCGAGUAUAGCUGCACAGAUCCAGCACGCUCGAGCCACCAGCCUCACACAAGCCCGCCUCAUGAUGCACCAACGGGAAAUGUCCUCAUCACCCUCCCCUAGGCUCGCUCGCUCCAAUAGUGUUAGCCAUCUUAUUGAACGGACCUUCCCUAGAUCUACAAAGUCUGAGAAACUGUACAGUAGUAGUAUGGGAGGUCGAGAUGGCUACCAUGCCUCACAGCCUACCAGUCCAACACCACCAGGAGGCACCAGGCUACCUAUAUCUCCCUUGAACACUGUUCGAGGCUCCCCAUAUUAUUCAACUGUGAUCCCUAGAACUUCAAAGGAUGAUGAAUGUCAUGGAUCUUCAUUAUCAUUGGUGUCCUCCUCAUCAUCACUGUACAGCUCACAGGAGGAAAAGCAAGCUGCGGAGAUUAGGAAGCUGAGGAAAGAAUUGGCUGAAGCACAAGAGAAAGUUGGAACUCUGAGUAACCAACUUAGUACUAAUAACUCAGUUUUCAACCUGAAGAAUACGGCCCAUGUAGUUGCUGCCUUUGAGCAAUCUCUCACCAACAUGACAAACAGAUUGCAACAGCUUACAGCAACAUCAGAGCAAAAGGAUUCGGAGGUCAUGGAGUUGCGUAAAACCAUUGAGGCCCUGCGUCAACAAAGUGUAGACGCUGGUCUUACCGUAGCCUGUCUCCAAAGUACGUCCCCCGGCCACCACCAGCACCACCACCACCACCACCACUCCCCCCCUUCCCCUGCCAGGCACCAACACACCCAUCUCUCUCCCAACAUUGCCUCGUGUUCUGUGCUCAAUGUCACCUCAGGCAGUCGUUCCAGUUCACCAGAAAAAUCAGGGCAUGACCUUGCGCGCAGGCACACCUUCACGGGGAAUUGUAAAGACCUUGUAGUGUGUGAAUUCACUGAAGCUGGUGGUAAACUAGUACGAGGAACAUCAGUGGAGUCUGUGUCAAGUCUGUCCUCUGCAUGCUCAGCUGCAUCACACACAUCCAUGCAAGAUAAAAGUGAUGGAUCAAAGUCUGGAAAGAAGAAAGGUUGGCUACGAAGCUCAUUUAGCAAAGCCUUCUCCCGAGGGCACAAGAAGAGCAAACAUGGCGUUGGUGGAGGGUCAGUCUCUGAUGUGGAAGGCUGGGAACGCGGAGAAUGUUCUGCUCCUUCAUCUCCUCUCCUCCAGCGAGCAAAUGGUGGAACAAGUGACCCAGAGUGUCAGUCCACAACUGGAACCUUUGGUAACAACAAGGAAGAGGAAGUGGAGUCACUGAAGAUUCAGUUGCGAGAAAAAGACAUGGCUCUUACCGACAUUCGACUUGAAGCCUUAUCUUCAGCUCACCAGCUGGAAUCCCUCAAGGAAACCAUAAGCAAAAUGCGCUCUGAAAUGGUGUCGCUAAAGCAAGACAAUGAUAGACUGGCGAGGAUGGUAUCCUCAAAGUCCUUGAACUCCUCACAGAGUUCGCUUCCUGUGUCAGAUUCAAUAGAACAAAGAUUAAGUCUUGGUGGUGAUGAAAUGACAAUGCCAGACUCAACAGAUGUGAUUUUAAUUGACCCUAGUGAUAAGGAUGGAAAACGAGUCAGUAUUACUGUCUUCAUGGGAUGCCAUGGAGAUUAUGAUAAAUAUAUGAAUCCAGCUGAUGGUGUGUCAUUUAGUGAGUGUAUUAUUGGAGCUAUAUCUGUAAGUGGGAAAACCAAGUGGGAUAUGUUAGACAAUCUUGUGAAACGCAUUUUUAAGGAAUACAUCCUGAGAGUCGACCCCGUCUCCAACCUGGGACUUAGUGCUGAGUCUAUUUUCUCAUACCACAUUGGAGAGAUUGCCAGGGGACGUGAUGCAGACUCACCGGAGUUACUCCCUUGUGGAUAUUUAGUGGGAGAAGUGACAAACAUCAAGAUUACUCUCAAAGGAGCCACUUUGAAUCAUGUGGAUGCUCUUGCAUUUGAAACUUUGAUUCCAAAGUCCAUUGUCCAAAGAUACAUGUCUCUCUUGACUGAACACCGGAGGAUUAUUUUGUGUGGUCCUUCAGGCACAGGAAAGACAUACUUGGCCCAGAAGUUAGCAGAAUAUCUAGUAACUCGAAUGGGAAAAGACCCAUCACCUGGUUAUAUUGCAACCUUCAAUGUUGACCACAAGACAGGAAAAGACCUUGGAGCCUACCUCUCUCACAUAAGUGAACAAUGUGAGAGUAAUACUUCAGAUCUGCCUUUGGUCAUCAUUUUAGAUAACUUGCACCAUGCAGGAGCCUUAACUGAUGUAUUCAAUGGGUUCCUAAGUGCAAAGUACAGCCAUUGUCCUUAUAUUAUUGGAACAAUGAACCAAACUACAUCAUGUUCAACAACUAACUUACAGUUGCACCAUAACUUUAGAUGGGUUUUGAUGGCCAAUCACAUGGAGCCUGUCAAAGGCUUAGUGGGAAGAGUAGCUCGAAGGAGAUUGACACAGGUUGAAGUGGAAGCUGGUUCAAGAUUACCCCGGCUUCAGCAAGUGCUGGAUUGGCUCCCAAGAUGCUGGAGUCACAUCAACAAAUUCUUGGAGACUCAUUCAUCUUCAGAUGUUACUAUUGGUCCUCGCUUGUUUUUGUCUUGUCCUGGAAGUCUGGAGGAUUCCCAGGUGUGGUUUACUGACCUGUGGAACUAUUCCCUUGUGCCCUACCUUGUUGAAGCUGUGAGGGAAGGACUCCAGUUGUAUGGAAAGAGAGCAACCUGGGAGGAUCCUAGUACCUGGAUUACCGAAACUUACCCGUGGCCACCAAGCAAUCAUGCAGGCCCACAGGCUCUUUUGUCUUUGCGCCCUGAGGAUGUAGGGUAUGAUGCCCUGGCUCCCACAGUGGCUCCUGCAGCACAGGAUAAGUUCAAGAGUGAUAACCAAGGAGAGAAUGAUCCAUUGUUGAGUAUGCUGAUGAGACUACAAGAAGCUGCCAACUACUCUAGUCCUCAGCAGGACUCUGAUACUCCUUCACUAGAGAACAUUGAAAACACACUGGAGUCCACCAUCUAAACAGAUGGUAUUGCCUUAAUUAAAGAAAUAGUGUUAACUGGAACUUUCUUAAAUGUCACACUUUCAAGAUACAUUUGAUUAUGAAUAGGAUGUAAUAUAUAUAUAUUAGUAUUGUGAUAAAGUUGAUAGGGCAUUGACGGAGAUGACACAUUAUAUAUGAUUGCCUCAGAACUUUAAAAAGUCACGGGUAAUGUUUGGGAUCUAGUCACAUCUGGUAGCUUUCUAUCAGGAAUGAGGAAGUAAAGGAGGCCCAUUUUCUGACUGACCAAGACAAGACAUAAUUCUCAAAAUAAUAGGAUUUUUUUCCCAUAUAUUUGACAGACAGUGUUUGUAACAGACAAACCCAAGCCAGAGUUGAAAUAUACAACUAGUUUCAUGAUUCUGUAAAUUUUGUCAUUUAUAGAAAGGUGUUUAUGAUCUCUCAUAAUAAUGCUAUAUAUAUAGCAUCCUUGAGCUGUAUCUUGUCAAUUAAAAACUUAGUUUAAAGUAGCCUGCAUUUGGUACUAGUGUCCACUCAGUUUGAGUAUAGAGCAUGGCAUGGUUCCUACUCUGUACAUUGUUGACAUCUGUGUGAUGCGACAAAUCAUUUUGACCUCAUGUGAGUGUCAACAUGAUUCAUUGUCUGUCAUCAUUCAUAUUCUUGUAUGAAUCAUAAGGUAGCUCAAACUAUGUUUUAAUAUAUAUACACACAUAUAUAUUAUAUAUAUAUAACACAUAUAUACACUCUUAUAUACAAGAACAUACCCAUUUAUGUAUACACGCACACACUUACAUAUUGCUCUAUGUUUGUGCUGAUGUUUAUAUAGUCUGUCCAGUUGGACAUUUUAUUUUAUAAUUGCUAAUAUUUCAGAGCUAUAUAUGAAUUUAUUAUGCACAAAUAUAUUUGUGGAGGAAUAGAACUUCCAUGGUAUGGUUCUUCCAAAGUGUCUAAAUAAUAGUGUAAAUAAUUCUGGGUCUGAAAAAGUGGCUGGAAGCUUUAAUGUGGUGUAUUAUGAUGUGUUGUUUGUGGUACCAUCAUGUCUUUAACUGUGCUUAUUAAUGCUGUAAAGCUAAUAUGCAGCAAAUCUAUAUUGUUUAGCCUUCAGAGGUACAGCAGUGGCUGUCUGAGGCCAUAUUUUCUGUAUAUAAUGUAUUUUGUACACUUUAAUUUUAAACCAAAGCCAAGCAUACCAGUGUCCUUAGCUUUUGUGCCUGUGGGCUAAGACAGCAGUAGUAAUUAUUGCUCAGAGGCAUAUGGACUCCUGUAUUUCCUAUUUUCCCUCCUCCUUUCCCUUGCCCUACUGCCAGCUCUGAAAUUGUGGCUUGAUAUUUAGCCUUCACGCCCAAAGUUGCCAAAUUCUAUAUUGUUACUGCCUUUCUCUUUUAUAAUAAUGUAAAUAUUGUAUAUACUGUAUUCUGUAUGUAGAGUCUGACUUGCUGUUUUAAAACUCGUGUGUACUGAAUUCAAUGGACCAUUUGUAUGUUCUCAAAAGAAUGUAUGAAUUGACACAGAUACAUUUGUGAAUGGAGCGUCAUGUAAGAUUUGUGACAUCAUCGGCAUUUUCCAUGACAGGUGUAAAGAAAAGUGAUAUGUUAUUUGUAAAAGUAACUCUUGAGUGUAACUUUGAUGCCACAAAUAGUCGUGAUUGAUUCCAACUUAUGCAGGGAUUCAAACAUUCAGAUUGCCACCACACUUUUGUUAAAUAUACACCUGAGGUGGAAGACUACACAUUUCCCUUGUUUCCAUUUUUAUACAUGCAAAACAGCAUUUUUAAAUAUAUUUCUUUUCAAAAUCGACA